CAGUACUGUGGUGUGAUAUUCCUUGGACGCCAGAGGCAUAGGUGCUGCCAAGAUGUUCCAAAGCACCUACUGUGCACUCCUGCUCUGGGGGCUCGUGGGGUUGCUCCACGCCCAGCAACAAGAAGCCAUUUCUCCUGCCAUGGCUGACAGACCCAAUAAUUGCCCAGAAAAGACCGACUGCCCCAUCAAUGUGUACUUUGUGCUGGACACCUCGGAGAGCGUCACCAUGCAGUCGCCCACAGACAGCCUGCUCUACCACAUGCAGCAGUUCGUGCCGCAGCUCAUCAGCCAGCUGCAGGACAGCUCCUACCUGGACCAGGUGGCCCUGAGCUGGCGUUACGGCGGCCUGCACUUCUCCGACCAGGUGGAGGUGUUCAGCCCAGUGGGCAGCGACCGCGACUCCUUCACCAGGGCGAUGCAGAGCAUCCGCUCCUUCCGUCGCGGCACCUUCACCGACUGUGCGCUGGCCAACAUGACGCAGGAGGUGCGGCGUGUAGGCAACAAGAAGGCGGUGACCUUUGCCGUGGUCAUCACUGAUGGCCAUGUCACUGGCAGCCCCUGUGGGGGCAUCAAGCUGCAGGCCGAGCGGGCUCGAGAGGCAGGCAUCCGGCUCUUCGCCGUGGCCCCCAACCCCAACCUGAACGAGCAAGGUCUGCGGGACAUAGCCAACUCGCCGUAUGAGCUGUAUCGCAGCAACUACGCCACCAUGUACCCGGGCACCACGGACAUCAACGAGGACACCAUCAACCGCAUCAUCAAGGUCAUGAAACAUGAAGCUUACAGCGAGUGCUACAAAGUGAGCUGUCUGGAGAUCUCCGGGCCUCCUGGUCCCAAGGGCUCCCGGGGACAGAAGGGCGCCAAAGGCAACAUGGGUGAGCCAGGAGAGCCUGGACAAAAGGGACAUCAGGGAGAUCCAGGCAUCGAAGGCCCCAUUGGAUUCCCAGGACCAAAGGGUGUUCCUGGCUUCAAAGGAGAGAAGGGCGAAUUUGGAGCCGACGGCCGGAAGGGGGCCUCCGGCCUGGCUGGCAAGAACGGGACCGAUGGACAAAAGGGCAAGCUAGGGCGCAUCGGGCCUCCAGGCUGCAAAGGUGACCCCGGGAACAGGGGCCCCGAUGGCUACUCAGGGGAUGCAGGCAACCCGGGGGAGCCUGGAGACCAAGGUGCCAAGGGGGACGCUGGCCACCCAGGACGCAGAGGGCCCCCUGGUGACAGCGGGGCCAAAGGCAGCAAGGGAUAUCAAGGCAACAAUGGCGCCCCAGGGAGUCCCGGUGUGAAAGGAGGCAAGGGCGGACCUGGGCCCCGUGGGCCCAAAGGCGAGCCUGGACGCAGAGGCGACCCCGGAACCAAGGGCAGCCCUGGGAAUGAUGGCCCCAAGGGGGAGAAGGGGGAUCCUGGUCCCGAGGGGCCCCGGGGCCUGGCCGGAGAGGUUGGAAACAAAGGCGCCAAGGGGGACCGCGGCCUGCCUGGACCCAGAGGCCCUCAGGGGGCUCUUGGCCAGCCUGGGAAGCAGGGAUCACGAGGAGACCCCGGUGAUGCAGGGCCGCGUGGGGAUUCAGGACCACCCGGCCCCAAGGGAGACCCCGGCAGGCCCGGAUUCAGCUACCCAGGACCCCGAGGAACACCUGGAGACAAAGGGGAGCCUGGCCCACGUGGCCCCGAGGGAGGCAGAGGAGACUUUGGCGUGAAAGGAGACCCCGGGAGGAAAGGCGAGAAGGGCGAGCCUGCCGAUCCCGGCCCCCCUGGUGAGCCAGGCCCUCGGGGGCAAAAAGGAGCCCCGGGACCGGAGGGUAUGCCUGGCCCCCCCGGGGACCCUGGUCUCACGGAGUGUGACGUCAUGACCUACGUGAGGGAGACAUGCGGGUGCUGUGACUGUGAGAAGCGGUGCGGUGCCCUGGACGUGGUGUUCGUUAUCGACAGCUCCGAGAGCAUCGGCUACACCAACUUCACGCUGGAGAAGAACUUCGUCAUUAAUAUGGUCAACAGGCUGGGCGCCAUCGCCAAAGACCCCAAGUCGGAGACAGGCACACGUGUGGGCGUGGUGCAGUACAGCCACGAGGGCACCUUCGAGGCCAUCCAGUUGGACGACAAGCGCAUCAACUCGCUGUCCAGUUUCAAGGAGGCCGUCAAGAACCUAGAGUGGAUUGCCGGCGGCACCUGGACGCCCUCGGCCCUCAAGUUCACCUACAACAAGCUCAUCAAGGAGAGCCGGCGGCAGAAGACGCGCGUGUUCGCCGUGGUCAUCACGGACGGGCGCCACGACCCUCGGGACGACGACCUGAACCUGCUGGCGCUGUGCAGGAACGAUGACGUCACUGUCACGGCCAUUGGCAUCGGCGACAUGUUCAACGAGCAGCAUGAGAGCGAGAACCUCAACUCCAUUGCCUGCCACAACCCCCGGCAGGUGCGCAACAUGACGCUCUUCUCCGAGCUGGUGGCUGAGCGGUUCAUCGACGACAUGGAGGACAUCCUGUGCCCGGACCCCCAGAUUGUCUGCCCUGAACUUCCCUGCCAAACAGAGCUGUACGUGGCCCAGUGCACACAGCGGCCGGUGGACAUCGUCUUCCUGCUGGACGGUUCAGAGCGGCUGGGGGAACAGAACUUCUUCAAGGCCCGGCGCUUUGUGGAGGAGGUGUCCCGGCGACUGACGCUGGCGCGCCGGGACAAUGACCCGCUCAAUGCCCGCGUGGCGUUGCUGCAGUACGGCAGCCCGCAGGAGCAGCGGGUGAUCUUCCCGCUGACCGCCAACCUGACCGUCAUCCACGAGGCGCUGGAGAGCGCGCAGUACCUCAACUCCUUCUCGCACGUGGGCACGGGCAUCGUGCACGCCAUCAACUCCGUGGUGCGCAGCGCGCGCGGGGGCGCACGGCGCCACGCCGAGCUGGCCUUCGUGUUCCUCACCGACGGCGUCACGGGCAACGAGAGCCUCGAGGAGUCGGUGCACUCCAUGCGCAAGCAGAACGUGGUGCCCACUGUGGUGGCCGUGGGCGGCGACGUGGACAUGGACGUGCUCUCCAAGAUCAGCCUGGGCGACACGUCGGCCAUCUUCCGCGAGAAAGACUACGACAGCCUGGUACAGCCCAGCUUCUUUGACAGGUUCAUCCGCUGGAUCUGUUAGCCUGGUCCCCGGAACGUUCGCCCCGCACAGGGACACCCCCCACCCCCACGGCCUCCCACCUCCCGUCUAUGGUGCUAAAGGUCCACACAGAGGAGGGCCGCGGGCCGCCGCCAGACCCAGCUUCUCUCCACACCGCGGUAGUGGGGCCUUGGAGCUCAUGGGUCCACCCUGCACCCAGGGCUGUCACGCCCAGAUCCCCCACACACACACUUACCCUGGGAUCCCCCCGGUGAGAGACCCCCCUCCUCAAUUCUGCCUACUCCCUUCACUGCCUCCAGACCCCAACCAAACCCCUCAAGCGCAGCCCUCCAGGGGCCCUUCCUCUCCCCAACAGUCCUCCUCCCCCUGGUCUAGGGCUGGUCAGAGUCUGGGCUCCCUGAUCAUCUCCUUAGUCCAUCUGCCCUGGGAGCCUGCUCCUCUGGGCCCUGCCCAUCCAUCGUCACCUGUCCCCGGGGGCAUCCUCGCAUGCCCACGAUUAGCCUGUGACAAGUCUGGUGCCUCCUGUUCAUGCACACCCCUUUCAAUAAAGGCUUUAGAACCACCCAA